GCCCGGCGAGCGGUGUGGCGGACCAGGUCGCUGUUUCUCCAGGCUCCUUUAUUCCGGCCUUAGAUUGAGUUCCUAGCACCAUUUCCGUUUGCUUCUCCAAUUCUCCUUGCCUAUUCAGCUGAAGCUUCCCUUUCAGGGAAUUACCUAACCACCUCUCGAAACUGUCGUUCUGCCGCUUGCUUAAUUCCUCUUAUAAGGGUCAUCAUCGAAUUUGAAAUAUUUAAAGUGGAUACAAAACUGUUUCAGCAAUGCAGACAAUUAAGUGUGUUGUUGUGGGCGAUGGUGCCGUUGGUAAAACAUGUCUUCUGAUAUCCUACACAACAAACAAAUUUCCAUCUGAGUAUGUACCAACUGUUUUUGACAACUAUGCAGUCACAGUUAUGAUUGGUGGAGAGCCAUAUACUCUUGGACUUUUUGAUACUGCAGGGCAAGAGGAUUAUGACAGAUUACGACCGCUGAGUUAUCCACAAACAGAUGUAUUUCUAGUCUGUUUUUCAGUGGUCUCUCCAUCCUCAUUUGAAAAUGUGAAGGAAAAGUGGGUGCCUGAAAUAACUCACCAUUGUCCAAAGACUCCUUUCUUGCUUGUUGGGACCCAAAUUGAUCUCCGAGAUGACCCCUCUACGAUUGAGAAACUUGCCAAGAACAAACAGAAGCCUAUCACUCCAGAGACUGCUGAAAAGCUGGCCCGUGACCUGAAGGCGGUCAAGUAUGUGGAGUGUUCUGCACUCACACAGAAAGGCCUAAAGAAUGUAUUUGACGAAGCAAUACUGGCUGCCCUGGAGCCUCCCGAACCGAAGAAGAGCCGCAGGUGUGUGCUGCUAUGAACAUCUCUCCAGAGCCCUUUCCGCACAGCUGGUGUCAGCAUCGUACUAAAAGCAAUGUUAAAUCAAACUAAAGAUUAAAGAUUAAAAUUCGUUUUUGCAAUAAUGACAAAUGCCCUGCACCUACCCACAUGCACUCGUGUGAGACAAGGCCUGUAGGUAUGGUCCCUUUCCCCCUCUCAUUACUAGUUAAUUUGAGUAAUUGUGUAUUGUCAGAAAAGUGAUUAGUACUAGUUUUUGUUUUGUUGUUUCAAUUUUUUUUUUUUUUUGUUUUGUUUUGUUUAAAAGCAAGGCAUGCUUGUGAUGACUCUGUAACAGACUAAUUUAGGUUGUUGAAGCUGCUCCUGGGCUCCAUCCACUCUGGAGAAUGAUCUGGGACAUUUAGGUUUUGUUUUGUUUUUCUUUUUUCUUUUCUUUUUUUUUUUUUUGCGGGGGAGGGAGGUGGGGUGCGGGGAGUGUGUGUGGGGUUUGUUUUUAUUUAGUCAUGUUUUUUAAAUUCAUUAACCAUUGGACAGCCCUUAAGGGGAGGAGGACGGAUUGAUUCCACAUUCCACUUCCUAGAUCUAGUUUAGAAAACUUGUUCCCCACCUGGUGCUCUUAGGAAGGAGUAUAGUAAAUGCCUCAUUUAAUAACAUACUCCUUUUUGAAAGUUGCCUUUUCUCUCCACCCUUGAGUAGGCCCAGUAUUUGAUGAAACUCAUGAAAGUGGGUGGAACCUGUCUUGCCCCUCCUCUUUUUCUAGGAUGCACUAUAUAUGUGACUGUGACUUUCAAGGAAAUUUGUUUGCCAUUUGCUGAUUUUUUUUUCCUGAAGUUAAUUUCUAACUUCUUUCACUGAUAAAUGAAGAAAAGUAUUGCACCUUUUGAAAUACACCAAAUGGAUUGAGUACGUAAUUAAAAAACAUUUUUUUUUCCCUGUCAGUCAUUGUCUUAUAUGCUUAGCAUAGAUGUCCAGCUUAAUAGUGUAUGAUACGGUGUUCCUAGAACACAGCUAAAGACCUGGUAAAUCGAGGAAAUGUGAGGGGUGGCGCUAGGAGACAGAUGUCUAUGGAAUGAUGCACAUCCUCUUUCAAGUUGGGAGGAUGGAGACCUGCUUCAUGAAGAAGCUGGGGGUGUGGGUGGGGGUGGGGAGAACAUUUAACAACAUGGGGACCAGUCAGGGGAAUCCCCUUAUUUCUGUUUUGCAUAUGAGGAACCCUAGAGUAGCUGGUUAAGGCUCUCUAGUUUAAUAAAAAAAUCACGGAGUCUUAUGAAGACUCUUCAUAAGUGUUAAUAGGGAUUUUAUCCACUUAUUUUGGUUGCAGUUUCCAAUUUUUAAAAAUGUUUAGGUAAUCUCCACCUUCCCCAAAUCCUAAUUCUUGUAGAUUCAUUAGUGUUGAACCAAUGCUUUCUCAUGUCUCAAUUCUUUGUAUAUGCAUUCUUUUCAGAUGUAUUAAACAAAAAACCCUUCACAAGCCA